GAGCUCCCAGAAUCCACAAGACCCCGGAAGCGACGCUCCAUCACCCCCCUCUGUUGCAGCACAAGGCAGGGACCCCUGUUUGUUCCCUUUGGCGACCAUGAGUUUAGUAUCCGAACCUCCCUCGAAACGCUUACGAGACAAUGAUGGGAAUGCCGUAGUGGAAUACCGUCCUCCCGAUAACGACACAAAUCUUCGAACAUCGUCGCUUCCCGCUCCCACCAUGCAAUUGUCCGGUCAUCAAGGGAGUGUCUAUACCCUCCAGUACUCUCCCGACGGAGAAACUCUGGCCAGCGGUGGCUUUGACAUGAAGGUAUUUCUCUGGAGUCAUUCGGAUUACCACAACUACAAUGUCCUCGAAGGACACAAAAAUGCUAUUCUCGACUUGAGUUGGUUUUUUGACAAUACUCAUCUCGUUACCGCCUCGGCCGACAAGACACUCGUCUAUUGGGAUGCCGCCACGGGAGACAAGAUUCGAAAAUUCCAACAUGAUAAAGUCGUCAAUGCCGUCGAUACCAGCAAUAACAACAACAAUUCACACUUGUUUCUUUCCGCCAGCGAUGAUACGUGUGCCAAACUAUGGGAUUGUCGUCAAAAAAAGGAAAUUACCACGCUACAGCACGAAUUUCAAGUCACCAGUGCCGCACUCGAUACCGACAGCCACAAGGCGUACACCGGUGGCAUUGACAAUCUCAUUGUCGAAUGGGAUAUCCGAGACACCAAAAAAACCAUGGGAUUAAAAGGACAUACCGAUACCAUUACAUCCUUGGCCAUUCACCCCAAGGGAACGCAUCUGCUGUCCAAUGCCAUGGACCAUUCCAUCAAGACGUGGGAUAUUCGACCCUUUUGUGCGGCACCCCAACGACUUUGCAAAACAUUUGUCGGCGCCAAACACAGUGCCGAAAAGGGACUCCUCAAAGCGUCUUGGUCUCCCGAUGGUAGUAUGAUUGCCAGUGGCAGUGCCGAUCGAAUGGUACGGGUAUUUGAUGAACCGACCAGUGAGGAACUCUACUUGUUGCCGGGACACAAGGGUUGUGUCAAUACGGUCAUUUUCCAUCCCAAGGAAAAUGUGAUUGCCAGCGGAUCCAGUGAUAAAAUGAUCUUUGUGGGUGAGUUGGGGCAAUGAAUGAAUGAAUGAAUAAAUGAAUGAAUCAUGAAGGCUGUGGAAGAUAUAUAUAUAUAUAUAUAUAUAUGAUAAACCAGCCAUCCAUCAAAACGCUUCGUACUCCAGCGAUGGACGCCCGAGCUUGCCACAGCGUCUGCUUACUCCAGUGGCGACCUGCAAGUGAUGUUGCAUACCAGAACUGAAUUUAUUUGACCAUGAUCUGUUGGUUAUAAUAGUUCAUGUGUAUUCUAGCGAGCUAGUAGUUGCUUUUUAAAAGUGGGUGAUUGGUAAUUUGCUGUAUCAUGUAUGUAGAUUGUGGUUUUGUUUCCA